AAGAAGGAAAAAAAAAAAAAACUCCACUUGUUUUGUUUGUUUCUUCCUUUAUUUUGCGAAAUCCGGCAUUUUUUCCCUCUCUGUUCUCUCAAAAUAUAUAGCGAAAAGCAAUAAUGAUGAGUACCCUUUUCUCUCUUCAUUUGUAAGCUCUCCUUCGUUCUUUCUUUUCUUUUCUUUUCUUUCGUUCUUUCUCUUCCGGAAAUGGUGGGUCUCCCUUCUGAGGAUUCCUCAGAUUCCACUCACCGAGUCGACUCAGACGACAAUGGCAACAACAACAACGACAUCAGUAACAACGAUGACCAGCGAGUUUACUUUGUGCCCUUCAGGUGGUGGAAGGAUGCACAGGAUUCAACUUCAAGCGAAUCUGAUUCGAAGAAGGGGAUUUUGUAUACAGCUACACCAGGAACCUCGUAUGCGGGUCCCAUGAAGUUAAUCAACAACAUUUUCAACUCAGAUCUUGCUUUCAAUUUAAGGAAGGAAGAGGACAGUUCUUUGCACAAUGGUGAAAAUGGAGAGGUUGGUGUUUCAGGAAGGGACUACGCAUUGGUUCCUGGUGAAAUGUGGUUGCAGGCUCUUAAGUGGCAUAGUGAUGCUAAAGUUGCAGCAAAAGGUGGAAAAAGCUUUUCAGCUGCUGAAGAUGACAUGGCGGAUGUGUAUCCCUUACAUCUAAGACUUUCUAUUCCAAGGGAAACAAAUUCAUUGGCAGUAAAAAUUAGCAAAAAGGACAAUGCAGUGGAACUUUUCAGAAGAGCCUGCAAAAUCUUUAGUAUAGAUUCUGAGCAGUUACGCAUUUGGGACUUUUCCGGGCAGACAGCUCUAUAUUUUGUGAAUGAGAGAGAUAGAUUUCUCAAAGAUUCUCAACGCCAAUCAGAUCAGGAGAUUCUCCUGGAGUUGCAAGUCUAUGGGUUGUCAGAUUCCAUGAAAUGCAGGGAGGGGAGAAAAGAUGAAAUGUUAGGACAUCCAGCAAAUUGCUCUUCUGGUGCUCCAGUCUUGUCAAAUGGUUGCAAUGGCACUGCAAAUUCCAAUUUUGGCAGCACAAAUGCUUCAAUAUUCUGUGGACGAUCUGGAGAAGCUGGUUCUUUGGGAUUAACUGGAUUACAAAAUCUCGGGAACACUUGUUUCAUGAACAGUGCCAUUCAGUGCUUGGCUCAUACACCAAAGGUGGUUGAUUAUUUUCUUGGAGAUUAUACUAGAGAAAUAAAUCCCGACAAUCCUUUGGGAAUGAAAGGUGAGAUUGCUUCAGCCUUCGGGGAUCUGUUGAGGAAGUUAUGGGCCCCUGGAGCAACCCCUGUGGCACCGAGAACAUUUAAGUCAAAGCUUGCUCGUUUUGCUCCUCAGUUUAGUGGCUUCAAUCAGCAUGAUUCUCAAGAACUUCUUGCAUUUUUGUUGGAUGGACUUCAUGAGGAUCUCAACCGUGUGAAAAGUAAGCCUUAUGUUGAAAUGAAGGACAGCGAAGGUCGCCAAGAUGAAGAAGUAGCUGAUGAAUAUUGGCAAAAUCACAUCGCUCGCAAUGAUUCUAUCAUCGUUGAUGUGUGCCAAGGUCAGUAUAAAUCAACUUUAGUUUGUCCACAAUGCAAAAAGGUUUCUGUAACGUUUGAUCCAUUCAUGUACCUGUCACUACCUCUACCAUCAACAACUUCGCGAACAAUGACUGUAACUGUCAUCAGUACUGAUGGAACCUUUCAACCAUCUCCAUUUACAAUUACUGUCCCAAAGAGUGGGAAACUUGAAGACCUUAUACAGGCUCUCAGUUUUGCUUGUUCUUUGGGGGCUGAUGAGACCCUUCUGGUGGCAGAGAUAUACAACCACCGAAUUAUACGUUAUCUUGAAGAGCUUUCUGAUUCGCUAUCCUUGAUUAGAGACGAUGACACGCUGGUUGCUUAUCGAUUAAAUAAAGACAUUGAGAAAGCUCCUUUAGUUGUGUUUAUGCAUCAGCAGAUGGAGGAGCAGUAUAUGCUUGGGAAACUGACUUCAAGUUGGAAAACAUUUGGAAUUCCUCUUGUAGCAAGGCUUUCUAAUGUUGAAACUGGAUCUGACAUCCAUGGUCUAUAUCUCAAAUUACUAAAUUCAUUUCAGACACAGGCUGAAGAUGUCUUAGAAGACCAUGAUACCUCUGAGAGUACUGCAGUUGAAGACAUUUCUCUGAAAGAGCAUGAUGCAUCAUCUCCUAUUUCAAACGGCAUUGAAAAGCCUCCCGAUGCAAAUGGGGUUUCUGCACUCUCAGAGGCUGAAUUACAACUUUACAUAACAGAUGACAAGGGAAUAGUCAAGGAAUCCCAGAUACUUAUGGCUGAAGCAAUACCAGCUGCUGGCAUGUCUAGAAGGUUACAUGUGCUCGUUCCUUGGCCUGAAAAAUAUGUUAAGCAGUAUGAUACACAGCUUCUUGGCUCUUUACCGCAGAUUUUUAAGUCCUGCUUUUUUGCUAAGCGACCUCAGGAAUCUGUUUCUCUUUAUAAAUGUCUUCAAGCAUUCUUAAUGGAGGAGCCACUUGGACCAGAAGAUAUGUGGUACUGUCCGCGCUGCAAAGAGCACCGUCAAGCCAGUAAAAAGUUGGAUCUUUGGAGGCUGCCUGAGAUUGUGGUUAUUCAUUUAAAACGAUUUUCUUAUAAUCGAUUCCUGAAAAACAAGCUGGAGACAUAUGUUGACUUCCCCAUUGACAAUCUUGAUUUGUCAAAUUAUAUUGGCUCUAGGAAUGGCGAGUUAUCUAAUCGUUACAUGCUUUAUGCUGUCAGUAACCACUAUGGAAGCAUGGGAGGUGGUCAUUAUACUGCAUUUGUCCAUCAUGGGGGUGGACAAUGGUAUGAGUUCGAUGAUAGCCAUGUUUUUCCCAUCAGCCUGGAGAAGAUAAAGACAUCUGCUGCUUAUCUUCUUUUCUACAGAAGAGUUGUAGAAUAAAAACAUCCGAGACAUCAUUUACCGAGUAAACAAUUUCAAGCCAGGUAUUAUUUGUUGGUGAGUAUAUCAAAGUUCAUGCUGCCUUACAAUUAUCAACUCAAUCUCAAAAGAGUAGCAUGCUUUCAUGUUUGGCACUGUUUAAGCCUAAGUUGAUAGCAGCCAGUGUUACAAAGGAAGGGGAAUAAUAAUCUUAGAGUUGAUGCCAUUGAUGAUUGUAACAUAGUAGCAAGAAAGAGGUGAGAGUGAUCGAAGAAGGGGAUUUUUUCUUUUUCCUUUUUUACCCCCUUUUAUACCUAUAAUCAUUUGUGAAAUGAAGUGUCUAGCCUUAUCUUCUUCUUCCUCCUUUUUUUUUUUAUUUUUUUAUUAUUUUUUCUUUUAUAAUAUUGUGAAAGGUUUAACAAAUGUUGUUGGUUUUAAUCCAUGAAAGCGUAGUUUUUGUUUACCGUUAUUAAUGUACAAUUGUUGAUUGAACACUGAAUUAAUUGAUUGAGAGCUAAUUCAUGAA